AUGACCAAGUUGAUACUUGAACCUUCGCAACUACGACAACAAUUUCCUAGAGCAGCACAGCACCGACCAGAACGCGUGCGGCUAGCUGUACAAAUCUACUCAUAUAAUCAAAACGACGAUGUUGUGGUAGUUCAGCCACUACCUAUUACUUUGUGUGGCAAUAAUCAUCGUCAUGAUCAUGAUUUUGGUGUAACUAAAACUAACCUAACAGACGAUUUAAAUGAUAGUAAAGGCAAUAGCCGGAAAGGUGAAACUGAUACGAAAAAGAGAAACAAGCUUUAUACAAUAAAGAUAGCGGAUGUGCUUGAGGAUGUAUAUCCAGGGACUCUUCAACCAGGGAAUUUGGUGAAUAUCGAAGCAUUCUAUGAUGGUAAGCAGAUAAAUGCAUUUAGUCUAACCUUGAUCAGAGAUAUGGAUUCAGUAGUGAAACUGUUUGAAGUUUUGAAGUAUAUGAGUGAAAUUAAACCACUCCGAAUUUAA